AUGGCCCCUCUUAUCCGAGUCAUUGGCUCCCUCAAUGCCGACAUGGUGUCCGUGACACCUCGUUUCCCAUUCCCCGGCGAGACCAUCACCGCCUCAUCCUACUUCCAAAGCGCUGGUGGCAAAGGUGCCAACCAAGCCGUCGCAUGUGGCCGCAUGUCACGAUCCAAGCCCCAAUCAGAUGCAACAGGUCUGAAUACUUCAAGUGAUGUACUUGUCGAAAUGGUCGGAGCUGUUGGCGGUUUGGAUGGCCACUUCUCCGCGCUCCUUAAGCCAACCCUCGAGAAAUCCGGCGUCGACCCCUCACGCGUGCGAAUCAUUGAAGAUGCUUAUACCGGUGUGGCAGUGAUUAUUGUCGACUCCUCAGCUGGCGGCGAGAAUCGCAUCUUGUUCUCCCCCGGUGCAAACUAUCAGGGUAUGCAGCCUAUCCCCGAGGUACUAGGAGCCGCACUUGCGGCCCCUGUACCGGAUGUGAUUGUCAUGCAGGGAGAGAUACCCGUCGAUACGGUUAUCUGGAUUCUCCGUGAGGUGGCGACAUUCAAGACGAAGAACCGCACAACUGGCAAGCGAGGCAUUGAGCGUGGUCCUGAUGUGAUGCUGAACCCGGCUCCUGCGCCACCAGGCGGUCUUCCUGAGGAUGUUUACUACGCCGUGGACCAUUUGAUCCUAAAUGAGACUGAAGCAGAGCUAAUGACACCGCCUAUGGAGCAAUUGCUUCGCGUUGUUCCCGAAGCGAAGGGGCUGGAGAGUAAGGAGAAGGUGGCACGUUACUUCCACAAGUUGGGCGUCACGUAUGUUCUGAUUACGCUCGGAGCAAAGGGUGUUUGGUACAGUGCUACAGAUGGAGGUACUUCUGGGCCCAGUGAUGGAGCCCGACGCUUCACGAACGAGAUCCCCGCUGCCCCUGUUUCUAAAGUGUUGGAUACUACUGCAGCGGGUGAUACAUUUGUGGGGGCUUAUGCAGUCAAGGUGGCGAGGUGGCGUGAACAGCGCCGUGUGGAAGGAAAGUCUGGUCAGGAUAUUACGGAUGCCGAGAAGCCGCAUCGGUACAAUACCUUCAUGGACGAGGCUAUGCAGCUGGCUGCGCGGGCGUCCGCUCGAGCUGUGGAGCGACAGGGUGCCAUGGAUAGCAUCCCGUUUGAGGAUGAGAUUUAA